AUGGACAUUGUACCCCCGAACACGACGGCGGACGAAGCCGUUCGCACCUCCGCAAAGAGAACCGCCGAACUUUUCGGCUCCGACUACCUCAUGGUCACGCCCUCCGUCGCAGGCGGCUCGAUCGGCACUUCAUAUCGCAGAAAAGCAGAAUACAACGAUGUAAAAGAGCUGCCACCAGCUCUAGCCGAAAAGCAAGCCAAAGCUGCCGCCGCCGGGCGAGCUAAGCGUCCCAAGACGACAGCACAAGCACAAGCACCCGUGGAUGGAAGCGGCGCGUCGAUGUCCCUUGUGAAGAAGGCACCCGGCCCGACUGCUGGUGGAGUUGGUGGUGAGGAUAUGCCGAAGAGUUUGAUUCAGAGGCCGUCGGCGACGAAACAGCAGAAGCCGGAUUGGCAUGCGCCGUGGAAGUUGAUGCGUGUGAUAUCGGGACAUCUGGGAUGGGUGCGGAGUUUGGCGGUGGAGCCGAAUAAUGAGUGGUUUGCUAGUGGUGCUGGUGAUCGGACGAUUAAGAUUUGGAAUCUCGCAACGGGGCAGUUGCGGUUGACGCUUACGGGGCAUAUUUCGACUGUUAGAGGGUUGGCGGUGUCACCUCGACAUCCGUAUCUGUUCUCGUGUGGUGAGGAUAAGAUGGUUAAGUGCUGGGAUCUGGAAACGAAUAAGGUUAUCCGUCACUACCACGGCCACUUAAGUGGUGUAUACACUCUUGCUUUGCAUCCCCGUCUCGACCUCUUGGUCACCGGUGGCCGGGAUGGUGUCGCCAGAGUCUGGGACAUGCGCACACGAAGCAACAUCCACGUCCUCACAGGCCACAAGGGCACCGUCGCCGACAUCAAAUGUCAAGAAGCCGACCCACAAAUCAUUUCAGGCUCCCUGGACUCAACCGUCCGACUAUGGGACCUCGCCGCAGGCAAAUCAAUGGGCGUCCUAACCCAUCACAAGAAGGGCGUCCGCAGCCUCACCACCCACCCAACGGAAUUCACUUUCGCCAGCGCCAGCACAGGAAGCAUCAAGCAAUGGAAAUGCCCCGAAGCCGCCUUCAUGCAAAACUUCGAGGGCCAAAAUGCCGUCAUCAACUCCCUCGCCGUCAACGAGGACAAUGUGCUCUUCUCCGGCGGCGACAAUGGCUCCAUGUCCUUCUGGGACUGGAAGACUGGUUACCGGUUCCAGUCUAUUGAUACCAUGGCACAGCCUGGUUCGUUGGAUGCGGAGUCUGGUAUUAUGGCGUCGACUUUUGAUAAGACGGGGCUGCGGUUGAUUACUGGUGAGGCGGAUAAGACUAUUAAGGUGUGGAAGCAGGAUGAGGAGGCGACGCCGGAGACACAUCCUGUUACUUGGGCUCCCACGCUGGGCAGGCAGAGGUAUUAG